GCAGUGUGGAGUUAACAUGUCUACUACUGUAUCCUCGGGAAAGCUGGGGAAGCUGACAGGCUCGGGUGCAGGGAAGCGACGGCGGAAGCCCGAUGUAGACGGGGAGCCAACCCGAACCAAAGUGGGCACCAAGAAGAGACCCAAGCUGAGCGAGGAGAUUUCCAGCGACUCGGAGCCAGAGAGCCCUGAGGACACAAGAAAGAAAGAAGAGGAAGAUGAGGAGCUGGAAGAGACUGCCCAGGAGAAGAAGCUCCGGCUAGCCAAGCUCUACUUAGAACAGUUGAGGCAGCAAGAGGAAGAAAAAGCCGAAGAAGAGGCCUUUGGCGAUGACCAAGUGGCUGGGCGGCUAAAGGAGGAUGUGCUUGAGCAAAGGGGUCGACUUCAGAAGCUGGUGGCAAAGGAGAUCCAGGCCCCAGUGGCUGCAGACAUCCGGGUGCUUCGGGGCCACCAGCUGUCCAUCACAUGCCUGGUCAUCACCCCUGACAACUCAGCCAUCUUCUCUGGAGCCAAAGACUGCACUAUUAUCAAAUGGAGUGUAGAGAGUGGGAAGAAGCUGCAUCAGAUUCAAAGAGUGAAGAAGGGAACCGAGGGCCAGCCAGCCGGGCACACUGACCACAUCCUCUGCAUGGCCAUUUCCUCAGAUGGCAAAUACUUGGCCACAGGAGACAAGAGUAAACUCAUCCUGAUCUGGGCGGUAGAUACCUGCAAGCACCUCUUUACCUUCACAGGACACCGGGAUGCAGUGUCGGGCCUGGCAUUUCGGAAGGGCACACACCAGCUGUACAGCACAUCCCACGACCGCUCUGUGAAGGUGUGGAAUGUGGCCGAGAAUGCCUACAUAGAGACCCUUUUUGGCCACCAGGAUGCUGUGAUGGCCCUGGAUGGACUGAGCCGGGAGAGCUGUGUGACAGCAGGUGGCCGUGAUGGCACUGUCCGUGUCUGGAAGAUUCCAGAGGAGUCGCAAUUGGUCUUCUAUGGCCACCAGGGCUCCAUUGACUGCAUCCAGCUUAUCAAUGAGGAACACAUGCUAUCUGGAUCAGAGGAUGGCUCGUUGGCUCUGUGGGGCCUCUCCAAGAAGCGGCCUCUCACUGUGCAACAAAAAGCCCAUGGGAUGCGUGGAGAAGAAGGCUUGGAACAGCCAUACUGGGUGUCAUCAGUGACAGCACUGCUCAACACAGACCUCGUGGCCUCAGGAUCUCACAGCUCCUUUGUGCGACUCUGGCAAUGUGCAGAGGGUUUCCGGAAGCUGGAACCACUCUGGGACAUCCCUCUGGUUGGCUUCAUCAACAGCCUCAAAUUCUCCAGUACUGGAGACUUCCUGGUGGCGGGUGUUGGGAAGGAACACAGGUUAGGACGCUGGUGGCAAGUCAAAGAUGCCAAGAACUCGGUCUGCAUCAUCCCUUUGCGGAGGGUUCCUCCUGCCCCCGCUGCUGGCUCCUAACUUGCCUUCUUCAGAAAUGCUCCCUUGUUUAUUUAACUCUUUUCCCUGCCCUCACCUUUUGUAUUAAAGCCGUU